ACGCCGCCCCCGGCCAAACCCUCCCUCUUUGCGUCCUCCACCUGGGCGAUCCCACCGGGCAGCGCUGCAGCCGCGACCGCGAGUGUCCACCCCGACGCGCUCAACCUGCUCCUUUCCUACAUCUCGCUGCUGCAGGCCACCUUCGGCUCGAAAAGGCUACAUUCUAGCAGUACAUCAAGAGAAAUAAUGAGGUGCUUCUAGAGGUAUGAUGCUGCUCAGUAUUUUCGAAUAAGCCAAAACAUCCAAUGAGAGUAAUUAUCCUUGAAAUAUGAAAACUGGUCAUUUUGUAAAGUAGGUUCAAUUUUAAAAGGCUCUAUCACAUGGUCUCUGAAUGUAUAGACUCUUGGGUGCGUAUAAUAAUUGUUGUGUGCCUGCAGGGUUCCAUGAGGUCUCUUUCUGGUUAGUGGUUAGAUGGCAAGAGUGCUCAAAAUGUGGUUGGUGGUUUCUGAAUGGUGCCUAUUGGGGGAAUAUAGAUGCUAGAUAUGCUUUACACUCUUCAGAAAUAUAAUCUUUACCAUUAUAUUAUAUUUAGAUAUUCAGUAUAGUAUUAGAUUAUAUUUAGCUCAAUAUAUUCCAAUCAUGAUGUUUCCUGAGAUAGCUUGGAUUUCUAUAUAAUAAGUCUUAUCUAAACUAAGAUAAGUUCUUGCAUGCUCCUAGACUACAAAAGAGAAAAAAAAACAAUUUUAAGAGGCCAAAGCAUCUUCAUUAAUUCUUUUUAAUUUGACUUACUAGCUGUCAGUAAAACUUGGUUGUGGUCUGAGAAACACAACUCUAAAUGUCUGCCACUUGAAACUGAGAACCAAUUUUUCCUUUUUAAUGCAUUGGAUAAUAGAUAUAUGUUUAGUUUUGGGAACCACCUUUUUUGUGGAGUGUACUUGCCAAAAAUUAUUAUACCUAGAGAUUUGUCCUUGGAUAGGAGUGCUUGGAAAGCCACGAUUCACGUGCCAGAACCAUGAAUAAUGGUCUUUGUUGGGUUUCAACUCUAGCCUACCCCAACUUGCUUGGGAUUAAAAGGCUUUGUUGAUGUUGUUGAUGUUGAUGUACUUGCCAAAAAUUAGACAUAGAUAUCGUAUUGUUAUCAAUUUUUUGGGUUUCCAUUUCAAUCCCAUGGGUAAGCUUAGUUAUUUAGCAAUAAUAUGAUAUGGAACAAUAUUAAUGCUCUGUGACUAAAUUUGAGUACCAGCAUUUAAAUCAUACUUUGAUAAUUAUUAACCUCGCCUAAGUUUCAUCAUUGCUCAUGAUGGCUGAGUAGGACCAAUUGUUCUCUGUCUAGAAUUGUAUCAUGUGCUUCACCCAACUAUGAUAUUAUGCUCUAAAUUUCAGCUACCAUUCCCACACAUGAGCAGAGAUCGUGGAGCCUGCACUACCACUCUAUGAUGGCAUGUUCUAGGCUAAAAAGCUUGGAUUGUCAAAGGAGUAGCUGCUGAAAAUUCUACCAUGUGUGGAUGGUGCCUUAUUAAAUUCAGAAUAUUAUUAGAGAUCCAGAGGACUCCACCAUGGUUUUUAAGGAGUCGCCUAGGCGACGCCUUGGCGUCUAGACGAUUUUCAAACCUGGGCGUCCGGCCCACCAUGCCCUUUAGGCCUAUGGCGUCGCUUCACGCAGUUAGGCGUUGCCAAGGUGUCGGAUGGACGCCACAAGAGGGGGAAGGCGAUGCACACAGGAGAAAAACAGGCGCAGCCACCUUGCGCGCACUAGGGAAAAGCCAUGCGCCCGUGCACGCGCGCGGGAAGAGGACAGGGAGCUGCGCGCGGUGGGAAAUCGCGGGCAUAUACCCCACGCGGGCACGCCGCACGCCCCUGCGCAGGCGGGAAAUCGAGAAAGGAGGGAAGAGAGGAAAGCGGGGAAGAGAGGAGCGCGGCGGCCGGACCUGUAAUCUGGCAGCGGGAGGUGGAAUCUCCGGCGGCAGGAGCUGGAAUCUGGCGUCGCGGCCCCUCCAUAGUCCAUCCAGCCGCUGGUUCCUCUGCUCUACCUCCGCACGCAGCUCUGCCCCUCUUCUUCCUCUGCUUCAUCCGCCUGCAGAGAGCAGAUCUGCGCUUGCACGACUCAGACUCACCUCUGCGGCUCUUCCCCUCAAGGAUUCGUGGGUCGUGGGCUCGUGGCUUCUUUCUUUGCUUCACCUCACGUCAGCUCAGAGUCAGAGGGGAUGCAUGCUACAUGAACAAGCCAACAAGGGCUGCGGGAAAGAGGAGGAUCAGUGGUACAUGUGCUCCAGAAUAGGAAGCGAAAAGGUACGUAUGUGCAUGUUUGUGCUGCCUCUAUUCUUGGUGAGGGUAUGUGUAUGGCAUCGCCUCGCCACGCGCCUUAUUCACCUAGGCGUUCGGAAGGGGGUGGGUCGCCACACCUCGCCUUUCCGCCUUAAAAAAAAACGAGACGGGAGAGGCAGACAGCCACCCCGCAUUGCACUAAGAAGGAGGCAGCGAGACUCAAACCCGGGCUAGCUGCCUGAGAGCACGCUCUCCUAGCCGCUUAGCCCGUGAGAGCCUCGCUCGCCUUUCCGCCUUAAAAACCAUGGACUCCACAAAAAUUUAUCCCUGUUUCAACCCAGAAGAUACAUCAAGUUUCAGGGACCUAGAUAAACACGGGUAAUGUUAAUGGUUUUCAAGUUUUCAACAAUAGAUUUUCCAUUCUCCAUGUGCAAGUUAUGGUGAUUUGAUCAACUGUGAUUUAAUCUGUAAUUUUCUUUAGUGUACUAAAUGGUGCCGAUUCCCUUGAAAUGAAAUUAGUACAUUACCAUAUUUGUACUGGGCAGCUUGUUCUCCAGAAAACAAAAUUAGCCCACACCACCGCUUUGCUAUUUGCUCUUCAUUUAUGCAACUUGUUGUAACCAAAAUCCAUGUUCAUUCUACUAGCAAAUGGUUGAGCAGGUGGGUAAUUGUUCUUCUUGUUUCAUAAUUAUCAUUUGGAUUCACCUAUCCAGCAAUCAUCAAAUAAAAGGCAAGAGAAACUUCUGGUUUUAGGUUUCUAACUCGCAUCUUCGCUGCUUGUAGAGUUCUAGGCUUCUAUCUUUCUGAAAGCUAAAUGAUUUCACAUCGUUCAGUAAGGAAAAAAGUCAAGAGACCUCAAUCCGGAAGCUGAAGCUGUAAACGUGAUAUGGUGAACUGCUAAGGAAGCAUCUGCAACAUCUUCAGAUGAUAAUUAUCAUUUUUUUAUUAGUAGUCGUUCAAUGUAAUCAAAAUUUGCAUUGUUAUAUCAAUAUAUAUUUAAUCUCAUGUUAUUUUUAAAUAAUUAUAUUCUUUAAACAUGUGGUA